GUUUCUGGACCAGCGGAAUUCGUGGAUUUAUUAUUGGCGUUCCGCUACAGUCGCAAAAAGCGAAAAACCAACCGCAGACAACAAAUCAAAAGAGACAGCAACAGAAAAGGCCCUCAAGGAGAAGAAGGACCUAACACGUACCGUGAGCGCCAGUAGGAAGAGCCAGACGUGAAAGAUGACAACCACGAGCCAACAAGGCUGGCAGUCCGCGAGCAGAACGUGAAACGCAGGGAACAACAACGGCUACGGUAGAGGCCGCAGGCAGAGCCAUGCGGAAGGCAUAGAGGAGGCCCAGGAGAGAUCAUAUGAAAAAGAUGCAGGAAGACCGGCUCGGAACCAGCCAGAGCGGCAGACGCCAGGUACCCAAGUUGCCAUCCAAAACCGCCCCAUGGACAACAGCAGCGGAGAAGAGCGAAAUCGGGGGCCCCCUCCAGCAACAGCACAACCCAUGGAGGCGGACAGACGCUGAGAGUUCGGCUUUUCGAAAGGCUGCCGGGGAGGGAAAAAGGUGGACUCGCAAGAACCGCAGCGAAGCGAGGAAGAGACCAGAACACGAAAAGAAGGUAGGAGUAGCCGAAAACUCCACAGCGUGAAAAGACAAAGAAACAGAGCAUAAGCGACCCAAUGUGUGUGUGUGCGUGUGCUGGCAUACUUGCUAAUGCCAAAAAGCGAAACAAUUAGAUACUAGGUUUGGUGACAUGUGAGGCCCUGCUAGAUGCCAAGCGGCGUGAGAGGCUCUAUCUUUGAGUUGGCGCGAGGGGAUAACGUGGCCACUGAAACUUUGUGGCAGGGUGUUGGCAUCUCGGUGACAGUUAAACAUAAGAUAGAAUGGGAGUGACAGGUGAGGCCCUCUCUAUGCCACAAUGCGAGACGACUAACUAUGAUUUGGCCCGAGGGAGUAGUACCUCCGAGUAUGAGGAUGGGUGUUGACCUCACGGGACCACUAAUCUAAAGCGAAGAAGCCAGAGGGAAUUACAACUAGUGGACACCUACGACCCUGACAGCCAGCCACAGCUAACUCAGGAUGUACCGUGGGAUGAAAAACGGGUUUGCCGUAAGCAAAUAUGAAAGUGUCAAAUCUGGUUGUGGUUGAUUAGUGAACAUCCCCCAUAGACCAUAACAAUUAUCAAGCCGGAAAUCGCGAGAAGUAAAAUUCCGAGAUCGUGGAAAUCAAAGCGAAAUUGCGUAACUGGUAAAUCACUGCAUGUCAUAAACGGAUAUACCAGCCUAAAGUGUUGAGAUCCGGAUUGCAGUCAAACGAACCCCCACGUGUCAGAGUAUGGAAAGCAUGUAAGGAACCCCAAUCAUGUGCUAGGAGGCAUACAGCAUUAUGCAGAGGGAACAGAAGUGCAUGCCGUUGUGGUUCCCCCACCCGAGUACCCCCCGACCAAAGUCUACGAUCUCCCAGCACCAAGGAUUAUAUAUGCACUACUGGAGGGAUGUAUAAAUGACACCCACUAUGUUGUUAAAAACUGAACAAUAAUUAAGGGACUUGCUCACUACAAAACAUGCGCAAGCGACCCAACCAGCAAGAGGAACAGAAAUAAUAAGAACUCCCGAACGGGCAAACGACAGGAGGAUGUAAAUCAAAACGAAAAACACGCGAAAAGGAUUAGAGGGGGGAAGGGGAGAUACCCAAACCGCGAAGAUGUCGCGGGACUGCGACCGCGGCGCGACGGCAGGGUAAGUAACUCACAAAGCAGAAAAGGACGUCAGGAGGGACCACGGAAACUCGGAGUGCCAGUGACAACAAGAAGAGCAAGAGCAGAGCCCAGAAGGACCGAGGACCAACGAAACAGCGUUGAAACAGCAGGCCCCAGGACAUGUGAGUCGCUAAAAAACUUAAGGGACGGAGGAAGGUGAGUAGGGGGGUUUAAAUAGGUACCAUGCCCCUCCCACAACUGCAGGCCAAGCCUUAACAUUUAUCUAAUGAGACAUUCCUCCUUAGUAUAGAAGAUUCCCCUGUGUACGUAAAUAGAGUUAGCUGUAGUAGAAGACAUGUCCAAAUACCCCCUUCUAAAACUGGAGGUCUGUGUACAAACAGAUUAAACCGUGUCAGAUCAUAUCAAGGCUGAAACCUCCACAGUGACCAGCAAUGAACUAAAAAUGGAGCGGCCAAGAAAUAAUGUGAGAUAAUAAAAAUCAGAACGCCAAAUGUACAGUGCCACAGAAAAAAACGAAUUACAAUCUGG